GCACCCAUGUAAAGAGAGGAAUCUCUGUACAAUUUUGCAUCUAUUACAGCAAAUUUCAUGACGUAAUCUGAUGGGAGGCUGAGCUAUGCUACAUAUAUGGCGGUCCCUAGGGAGCUAAGCCGACUGGGUCGGUCAGUAGGGAUCAUUCUGUUAUUGACCACUGUUUGUCUCCCUUUCACAGGUGCUACCUGUACCUAUCCAAGCGUCUUCGAUGGUGUAUGGUAUUCCAGUGAUUUUGGAGAAGUCACCUUUAGCUCCAGUGCCUUUACCACAAAGUAUGGUGUCUCAACGUUCGGCAUCCAAUCGUUUACGUGUACUGAGAGCACCGACAACCACUACCUCGGAGUCUCUAAUAGCUUCACCUACCUCGGGGUAUCCCUGCAGAUCGCCCUGUGUCUGGACAUGUUCUCACAGGACUCGGAAAAAGUCGUCUACUACACAGCUCUACCUGUAUUAGCCAAUACAACCAACGACAGAUUGGUACUGAAAGUCAGUGGGUAUGCAUUUUCUAUCAGCAACGACUGUGACUUUUCGUCGACACGUAACGUCAGACAGCUUGGGGUGUUCGUCAAAAAUGGAAGUUUAUCCGUUGCAAAAAUCAACUGUCCGAAUUCUCUGCUCGGAAGGUUUAACUACACUUUCGACACAGGAUCUGGAAACCUCUGCACCAGCUCAACAGAACUGGAUGUUUGUGAUGACGUCACGGAAAUGACUUACAAUUACAGUGCAUGCUCAGUUGUACAAGGAUAUUCACAGGAGGGAAAACUCACGUGCGUUUACUACGAGGAGUCCGGUGAUGAGGUAUUUACUCUCGCCAUCAACACAGAUACCACCGACCCGGACGAGAGCACCUAUUAUAGAUUCACCUGUUAUGCAGCAUCAUUAUCAGCCAAUGACUCCCGUGUCUACAUGACACAGUAUCCACGGGGCUGUCACUACUUACAAACUUCCACCAGUGUCGAUUCAGCAGGAGCUACUCUUGAGCUCGUCUCCAGUGAAACCUGUGUUCCGGUGACGUCAUCAACUGAAGAUGAGUCUAUACAGAGCGCAGGGACUAUUGUCGCCGUCGUUCUGGUGUCAUUCAUUAUCCUCGCGUGUAUCGCCUCUGCCAUUGCUGUCGGAUGCUACAAGAAAUGGAAGGUUAAGUACGUGACACCAGGGGUGGAGCCAAUCAAAUCUCCACCAAUGAACACGUUUGACAGAGUAAAUUCUGCUUUUAGUAGAGACGGUAUGUUUGCAACCAAUUCGCCCUACCCUACGGUCAGUGAAAUUGCGAUUUGUCGUUUUGGCCCGUCUCCAAUACAGGAUGAUGAUGGGGGUAUCACUUUGUGUGCCACGACCCCCGGGCUAUUAGAAGCAGAGAGGAUUACUAUAGCCCCCGCCACCCCGGGGCUGAAUGACGAGUACAUGGACAUCAAUGAGGUGGAUCAAAAUGUCAAACAAUUUGAACCUUAUCCGGAAGUAAAUGUCACAAACCAAGAACUGGAACCGGAACUAAAGAGUCUGCACGAGGCAGAGAAAGACCCGGAUCAAGUUAGUCUGCCGGUGUAUAGUGAAGUAGGGGGCGAAACUCCGGAGCCGACACGAAUAGCGGAAGUGGACGGGGAAGGGACAGACGUUGCCCUAUAAAAAAAUACGUUCAUGAAAUUGACGAUGAAAAUUCAGAUUGAUUAAUGGUAUCUGCACGAUUGACUUCACGAAAAAUAUGAUAUUCAAGCAGUUCAAACUUUACAAUAUCAAGACGUUUUCUGAUACUAACGAAACCAUGGGAAUGAAAUAUGUUAUGGGUAGAACGUUUAUUAUGUACAUUAUAUUACAAUAUUAGAUAUGUUUUUAUAUCCCUAUACCCGGUAUUUCAUUUCUGUUAAGUUUAGAAAUGAAGAUUUGGAGAACGCUGCGUUUUAUCUGCCAAUAUCAAUUAUGAAAAAGAAGCAUGCCAAUGUAAACAAACACCAAAUAACAAUACGUACUGACAAAAAGUUACAAUCAGUUUUUUAAUACUCAACUGUGAACUUAAUUAUGAGGAGUAAAUAUAGCUUUUUGAUGCUACACAUGAAGAUGUUUUAAACAAUGUUAAACUUAUUUACCAGAUCAUUUGAACAUUUUUUAUUAUUUGUAAUCAUAUUUUAAAAGUGCUUUACGUAGGUUUAACAUAUGUUUCUCAUUGAAUUUAAACCCUUAAAUUUUCCAUAGUAUCUAUUUCAUAUGUACUGAAAUUGGCUUCAUCCAGACAAAUUCGGAAAACUCACUCUCCGAGGGCUUUCUUAAGGAUCCCCUGCUAAAGCCAGAAACUGUAGCUACACAUUGGAAACCGCUUUUACAUGCAAUAUUAUAGUAUUAUAAAUCUUUCUGAAAAGAAACCCAAACACUGCAGGACUUUUAUGAGAAAUAUUAAAGAUGAAGUAAACAUAAUUAAUGUCUGGGUGUUUAAGAAUGCAGCAAGGCUACACCGGCAUUCGAACCCUGGAUUUCAGACUAUUGCUCUAACCGAUUGAGCUACGUGGUCAACAGAAGUUACCUGUCCCAACUCUGCUUACAGAUAUAUCCUAGCGGAGGUUAAGGGGAGGUUACUGUAUAUAACAAAAAAACACAGUGGAGUGUAGUCUCGUUCAACCAGACGCUUGAUCACUUCUCUUUCCGGCUUAGCGCUUGCACAGACAACAAGAAUCAGGUUGAACGAGACUGAGCGCAGUGGGACAAGGAUCCUACAGAAGCCUUAUAAACGAUAACUUUUGCUGAAUCUCAAACUCAAAUGUGUUUUAACCAUUAACAUUCCGCGGUAUACAAAUCUAAAUGCUUUAUAUCUGUUUCAAAUUGUCAUUGUAUUAUUGGUUUAUUGUUAAUAAAUUAUAUUCCUAUAUUUAUAUUAUCUGACUUCAUGAAGUUUGUAUGAUGGUAUUUUUCAGCAUUAAUUAGUUUCACGGCCCAUUGGCAAUUUAAGUCAUUGGAAGUACACACAAAAUGGACAUUGAAAUAUACAGAAACACACCAAACUAUAACUUAAAUGUUAAAAGAUAAAAGACAAAAAAAAAAAAGAAGCAAAAGAAUGAGUUAUAUUAUAUACUUUCAACGCACGAUUCAAGAAAUUUGUCCCUCAGUGGCGUCUCAUUGUGACGAUAUAACCUUUUUUAAAGUUCAUUAUGAAAAUUUUGCAGACCACAACCUAUCAACAUGAGAACGGCUGCUUCUUUUAAACUGAAUUGGAUCAACGAUAAUGCGAAACUUGUAGCUUUUUAAAAAAGUUCAAGUGGUAUAAAAAACCAAAGCAUGGAAAUAAACUAAUGUGAGUUUAUCCGUAAGAAUUAAAAGAAACCCUGUACCACUGCCAAAACUGUUCAUAUCAAUUGGAACCUGCUUUUUCCGGCAUGAUGAUGAAUCAUAUUUGGAGUAAAAACUGCACCUUGCGGGAUAUUUAUGAAAAACUAAAAAGAUAAAAUAAAUAUACAAAAAAAAAAAGUUUUAUUAAUAAAUCAACAAAUGCUUAUUUAACCAGCUGGGCUACCUAGUCAACAGAAAAUUCUUGGUCUAGUUGCGCUACAGUAUAUUCAAAACGAAAUUAAGGGGAGGCUACUGUAUGUACAAAAACUACAGUGGAAGUCUCCAGUGUUUUGUCUGCAUUGGGACAGGUAUCCUUAAUGUGGUUUAGAUGCUUACAUGGCCUGAUAAAAUUUCGAACGCCAUUUCUGCAAAUUUUUCGCCGUUCUCUUUUAUUUGAUUACUUGUACGAAGCUCAUUUAUAUGAAAAUGAUUCUCUAAAGACAUUCGAACUAGUUAACUCUUAUUAACUACAAUGUCUCCCCUCUUAAUGAAUCACAAAACAAGGGGAAAAGAACGAAAGCGUCUAUUUCUGUACAGAGUAUGUGGUAACCUAAUGAAAACAUAUCAAAAUUUCUUUUGAGACACACGUUUGCUUUUAUUGACGGACAAUUUCUUUGGAAAAUGAGGAAAUACUUCACGUUUGAGUUAGUUAUUAUAACAAAUUAGACCCCUUCAUAUAUGGUGAAUUGCUCGCUUAUGAUAACACAUUUAAUAAUAGGACUGCAAGUAGUAGGAGACUGGGGUUGCAAAUGCCCAAUCCCCACCAGCCCACUUUGCAAUUAACCAAGCCCAACCCCCAACCUCACAGACUCCAUUUUUUUAUUUAGAUAAUAUCCAAAUAUAGAUUGGCUUACAACGGCGGACAAUGAUAUAUACUGUUCGCGGGCCACGUUUAUAAAGCAAAUGGCACUGUUUACAUAUUUGUGUAACAUUAUAAAUAUAAAUAGAUGACCGUUCUAAAAAUAUGUAAAUUAAGCAUGACGACAUAAUAAAAUUAUUUACCUGAUGAACCAAUAAAUGGACGA